GUUUAAAUAGCGCGGAGACGGCCACGUCCCGUCCAUUCACUUUCAGACAUCAGGAUUCACUUCAUUCGAUAGGAAAAGGUGGAAAAAUGCGAGGAUACAGCUACCUGCUCUUCGCCCUUCUGAUGACUCCAUCUCUGGGGAAAAUCUACGAGCGAUGCGAACUCGCCCGGGAAUUCCACUACACUCACGGACUCGACAGGAACGGCCUUGGGAAUUGGGUGUGUCUGGCGUACUACGAGAGCAGCUACAACACGAACGCGGUCGGAGGACCGAACGGGAACGGAUCUUACGACUACGGCAUAUUCCAGAUCAACGACGGAUUUUGGUGCUAUCCCCCCGAUACUCACGCCGACUGCAACAUGUCCUGCUCAUCCCUGACUGACAAUGACAUCACAAAUGAUGUUACAUGUGCCAAACUAAUCUACAACCGCCAUGGAUUUGAGGCAUGGUAUGGAUGGAUCAACAACUGCCAAGGCACUAAUGUGGAAUCCUGGGUCUCCGAUUGCUUCUAAAUCAUCAUCAAUAAAAGACCUAUCGGCCAGA